AGGGACCUCAGCAUGAUGGAACUCAGCCCCUGCACGGUAGGGGAGCACCUGCAGGUGGCGGCAGACUGCCACAAGACGUCCUACUGCCAGCGGGCAGGGCUCAGGCGGCUGAGCGAGCUGGGCGAGAGCGACGCCCUGCUGCUGCAGCUGCGCACCGGCCUAAUGGGCCUGAUGGAGCGCGACACUGUCUGCCUGCACCACGAGAAGGUGUACGUGGAGCGCUUCGAGGACAUGCAGAAGGCCUGCUGCGACCCCUUUAACAACCACAGGAAGGCCGUCAGGACGGGCCUGAGGGCUAUCGACUUGGACGAAGCCACCUUCCUAACGGAGAGGUUCACCCUGCAAUUUGUACCCGGCUGGAAGCUGUGCGCCCGGUGCGCCCAGCUGGUCAAUGGAUACGCUGACGUGGAUGUCAACACUCGUCAAAGACGGAGGCUGGAUAGGGAAGGAAGAACAGCAAAAGCAUUGAAGUCACUGGAAUUCGCCAACCCUGGUCGCCAAACUGAUUUUAACUCUGAAAGCAACCGGAGAGACAAGAGACGAGCAGCUAAGCUUUCAUCCAGUGACAGGCAAACCAUGGCGGCAAAGAGCAAAGUCUACGACAGCCGAGGCCUGCUGAUCGCCAGUGGCCGGGACCUGUGUGACUGCCUGGAUGUGGACUGCAUGGGCUGCUUUUACCCUUGCCCCGACUGCGGCUCGCGCAAGUGCGGCGUCGAGUGCCGCUGCGACCGGAAGUGGCUGUACGAGCAGGUGGAAGUGGAAGGAGGGGAGAUCAUCAGGAACAAGUUUGCCAGCUAGCCCAGUCGGAACCCCCCUGCUGCUUUCACGCCACUGACCCCCAGCUGGGACAAAGACCUAUGAUGGGAUUGAUUGUAUUACAGUGUAUUAACCAGCACAAGUCUGUUGUAUAGGCUGCUGCUGCCACUUUUUUACCACCAUUAAAUGUAUCCCCCACCACAACCAUCACCAUAUUUGAUAUUAUGGCCUUCACAAAUGUCAUUUUCAGAGCAUCAGGUUUGAGUUGUGCUUUAGGUGAAACUCUCUGAAUACAGGUUGUAUGAAUAUUAACCCCUUUAACUUCUCACAUGUUUCAUUUGCAGAUUGCAGGGCCAGCUUCCCACUGAGAAUAACAUUCUU